AUGGCCGCGAUGAUGGCCAACUUGCCGGAGGUCUACUGCAGCCACUCCUCUUUGAAGGCGGUCUUCCACUUCUUCGACAGCAGCGGUCAUGGAAUCAUCCAGGGCGAGCAGCUGCACCUCCUCUUCCCCGCGAGGCCGGAAGACGAGUGCGCAUUGAUGAUCCGCCAGAGCUGCGGGAAGGACUCGAUGAGCUUCCUGGACUUCCGGCGGGUGAUGACGCCCGCAAACUGGAAGCCCUCCGGUUCCGCCUGCUCGCUCGCGAAGUGGGCGGAGGUUCCCGACGUGACGAGCCCCGUCCUGGGGCCCAAGCCCAAGCUCUUGAAGGACGCCGCCACAGCUCGCAGUGCUCGCAGUGCUCGCAGCCUGCUGGCGCAGCCUGGCGCAGGAGCCGCAGCGGUGCGGCUCCUCCUCGGAUCCCGAACGGGAGUGCCAGGUGCCCUCUGUGCAGUGCCGGAGAGCCGAGUGCCGCCGAGUGCCGAUUUCCGUGCCGCAUGGCAGGUGACGAGCAGGGUCACCUCCACACCCUCGGAGGCGAAGAUCCGUCCGUUACGAUCUCUUUCAAAGUCGUGA